UCCCUUCUGGUUCACAAUUGAAGCUUUGCUUUGACAAAAAUGCAAAAAGCUAUGGAGGCCAUUAAUGGAGCUCAGUGGUUGAGGGAGAAGAAAGUAAAGGAUCUAAUAGUCGAGAAGCGGAGACUGGUAGAGAUCCCCUAUACGGCCUCUCUGUCCCACACACUAAACGCCCUGGUGGCCAACCGUGUGGUGGCGGUCCCUGUGGCUGCGCCGCCUGGCCAUUGGAUCGGCGCCGGUGGGUCAAUGAUCAUGCAAUCUGAUAAGAACACCGGCGCCGUUAGGAAACACUAUAUCGGCAUGGUCACCAUGCUUGACAUCCUAGCCCACAUCGCCGAUCAACUCUCCGAUUCCAUUAAUGGCGAUGAUUUCGAUUUGGAUAAGCGUAUGUCUGUUCCUGUCUCUUCCAUCAUCGGCCACUGCCUCGAAGGUCUUAGCCUCUGGACCCUCAACCCUUAUACCAGCGUUGUGGAUUGUAUGGAAGUGUUCAGCAAAGGAAUCCACCGAGCUCUGGUACCAGUGGAGGGUCACAUGGAGAACAUCCCUGGAGUGGAACUAGCAGAGUCUGCAACUAGUUAUAGAAUGCUCACUCAAAUGGAUGUCUUGCGUUUCUUAAAGGCACACCCAACUGAGGCACACCCAAUUCUCUCUCGCUCUGUUGGGGAAUUAGGAGCAAUCCCAGAAUAUGUUUUUGCUGUGACCAAUCGCACUAAAGUCAUGGACGCCAUUAACUGCAUGAGGACUGCUUCUCUUCAUGCUGUCCCCAUUGUUGAAUCCUCAUCAGAAGAUCACAACCAACUCAUAAAUGGGAAGGGGAAGAAGCUGAUGGGGACUUUCUCUGCAACAGAUUUAAGAGAAUGUCCAGUCUCUUUGUUGCAGUCCUGGUUAUGUAUUGAUGUUUUGGAGUUCACUGAGACUGUAUCAACGAAAUGGACUGUUAAUGCUUCAGGUGAAUUGGGGCAUUCACCGAGGGAACUUGUGACUUGCGACCCUGAAAUGAGUCUGGGGGAAGUGAUUGAAAAGGCUGUGAAUGGACAAGUGCAUCGAGUAUGGGUAGUGGAUAAACAAGGACUGCUUGUAGGGAUCGUGUCCCUCACUGAUAUCCUUCGAAUGAUAAGGGUCUCAAUGUCAUCCCUUUAGUCCCGUGAUCGUAGAAUUUUCUGUACUGCUGUACAUUUACAUGUAUAGUUGUGUCACCAGGAGGUGGAGCUUUUGAUUUCUAAUUGUCACCCCUGGUGAAUUGUGUAAUAUUGUGUCAACACAUCUUCCAGAACGAUUUAGGAGGAUGACUUUAAUUUUUUGUUUUUUUGGGCGAGUUAUUAUUGUCACCAAGGUUUGCUAUAUUUUGGGAAAGAAGCUACUUGGCCGUGCCUCCUACGCUGGGACACAAGCGGUGACCAAAGGACCUUCUGCCUCUUGUUUGGAUGCUUGGGUGUCUUCUUUGGUUGGUCCUGGUGCUAUUGUUGUGGUCAUGCGAUAAGGAUGUGAUGUCAAUCUUUUAUUCAAA